AAAAAAACUAAAGAUGGGGAAAGGGAAGCGACAUUGGCUACUGAAAACAGAGCCAAGCGAGUGGUCAUGGUCAGACCAAGAAGCGAACGGCGGCAUCAGCAAAUGGGACGGUGUCAAGAACAAACAAGCCCAGAAGAAUCUCAAGUCCAUGACUUUAGGCGACCUCUGUUUCUUCUACCACUCCGGUUCAAAAUCGAGAUGCGUCGUGGGUGUGGUGGAGGUGUCCCGUGAAUGGUACGAUGAUGACGAAGGAGAAGGAGCUGUCGACGUCAAAGCUGUUGGAGAGAUGAGGACAUUUGUUGAUUUGAAGGAGAUGAAAGGAGACAAAGGGAUUGAUAAGAGUUUUGUUUUGUUUAGACAGCCGAGGUUGUCUGUUGUCCCAGUGGAAGAUGAUGUUUGGACAAAAGUUUGUGAACUGGGAGAUGGGUUUGUUGGAGAUGGUCGUGAAAGCAGCGACGAGGAAUCUUGAGUUUGGAUAUGUUAUGAGGAAAUGAUUAAGACUGUAUUUGAUGUUCUUCUAUGUUUUUAUUUAUUUUUAACGGAAUUGUUUAACUUAAUUAUGGAAGCAAAAAU